AGAAUUAUUUUUAGUUUGUUUUCGCCUCUUGGUGCGUACAGUUGCGGUGGGCAUCGGCGGGCUCCAAUCCGAUAUAUUUUCAUUCAGUUCAGUUCAGUUCAGUUCAAUUCGAAUUUGUUUUGAUUUCGCUUUUGCUGGUCUCCGUUCUUUUCGGUCCACUCCGCUUUCCCCGCCAUCGAAGCGGUGCGACUUUCGUUUUUUUGUGGCCAUCGGUUCUCCAUUGGCUUUCCUAUUUUGACCAAAUCACCAACCGAUUGCUGAAGUAGCUUUAAACUGUUAUAUCUGGAAUUAGAAGUCGAGUGAGAGUUCGAACAACACAACUGUUAAGCGACUAUUUGGUUAUUCAAAGCGACAGUGCACUUCGCAUGAGGCCGAGGGGAAUAUGUCCGUAGCACCUGGAGUGGUGCCUUCGCCCGGUCCUCUCGCAGCUCGAGCAUGCCCAUCUAGCCAGGCCACCAGGCAACAGCCAUGCCAGUCCAGUCAGUCCAGCCAGUCCAGUCAGUCCAGCCAGUCCGACCCGUGAGCACCUACGACAACUUGGGCGUCUGCCAGCCGCGCACACUUUUGGGCGCCGGAAUGAGUGAGCCGGAGUUUGCGGAGCCGGAUCAAAGUGGAGGUGGCACCAGCCACAGCAUCGCCGCUGUGAAGGCGGCCCUGAAUGACGCCAAGUCCAAGUUCUUCGGGAUCAACAACUAUGAGUCACCGAUGGCGGCGGUCAGCAGGGGCGCCCAAGUGGCGGAACCAAAGUACCAGAAUGUGCCGCAGCGGGACGAGCAUCCGGCAGUGGCGACUCCAGAGCCCUCGCCUACAGCGGCUCCCUCCGGCGAUCUUGGCCAGAGCAGGGCUCUGCGUUAUGCGGCCACCUACGAGCAGAUUCCCCUCGGCGACCUGGAAACUCCGCAAUCGCAGGCCGUUUACAUGAGCACCACAGUUCCGCAAAACAUGAAAGGCAUGAAGAUCGCCGGACGACACACGCCGACCCGGAACAGCCUGCGGCACAGCCGGAUGAUCGUUGUCAAUCACAAGAACCACGACAGCCUUCAAGCGACCUAUAUACGGAAUCUAAACAUUUCGCGACAGCUCCUAAUUAUGCAAUUAGCUGUCGGCCUGCUGGUCGUUGCUCUCGCCGCUUGGAUACUAAUUCUUGCGCCGAACGCAUCAAUAUUAAUCAAUCCGUAUCUGAGCGGUCUGUCGCUCCUGUUGGCCAGUGUCGCGGGUCUCAUUCUGCUGCGGAAGGAGCACAAAUCGGAUCACAGACCCCCAAACAGCUGCUACAAGGUCCUGCUGGCCGAGUCGUACGUGUUCAGCCUUGGGUUGAUCUUCUGCUGCCUGGCUCUGGUCUGCGCGGCGAUCGAGUUCGCGGAGCUGGCCUCAUCGGCGGACGGGGAGUGCGGACCGACGUCCAGCUCGCUUCUGAGCUACCACAACUGCACCUGCUUCUUGGCGGGCGAGGGUGGAUCGUCCUCCGAAGCCCCAGCAGCUACACUUACACCUGUCCAGGAGCCAUCGCAAAGCGAUGGAUGCGGAGAGCUUCGGGCCGAGUGGAAGUAUCUGCUGGCCUUCUCGAUGGCCCUCAACACGCUGGGCAUUGUUUCAACAUUCUUAUACAUAACGCUCUUUAUUUGUUGCCACCGCAACAGGGAACAUUUUUACGCGUCUGUUUAAGGGAGUUUACAGCUUGGCUAUUACUUUAAUUUUUAAUUUUACUUAAAUUAUUUUGGUAACCGAUAACAAAAUUAAAAUAAAUCAUUCAUUUAUGAUACCACUA